AUUUGUGAUCGUAUUCGACAGUCUGCACAAGGAACAAAGCGUCGGGUAUUUGUUGUGGAAACAAUGGGGGGUUACUGUGGUUAUCUAGCAACCCUUGCCGGCCUAGCCGGUGGUGCCGAUGCUGCUCAUAUCUUUGAGGAACCGUUCUCUAUCAAACAGUUGAUGGAUGACGUGAUACAUAUGCAGGCUAAAAUGGCAGAAGGUGUUCAGCGAGGACUUAUACUCAGGAAUGAAUAUGCCAAUUCGAAUUACACCACAGACUUCAUCUACAGACUUUACUGUGAAGAAGGCAAGGAUGUAUUCUCAUCAAGAAUGAAUGUCUUGGGUCACAUGCAACAGGGUGGAAGUCCUUCACCGUUUGAUCGCAAUGUUGCUACCAAGAUGGCCUCUAAAGCUGCUGAGUGGCUAAUCAGUCGUCUCAAAGAAGGCAGUAAGACCGAUAAUCCAAAUGCAUGUUCAGAACCUGAAACGGCUGUUCUUCUAGGCCUAGUUAGACGACAGUAUCGUUUUACUCCAGUACAAACCCUCAAAAGUAUCACGGACUUCAAACACAGAAUCCCUACUCACCAGUGGUGGCUGAAGCUCCGUCCUCUGCUUAGAAUCCUAGCCAAGCACGAUUCCACCUACGAGGCUGAAGCAGAGCCAACUGUUUGCGAAUGGGAAGACUAUGAUUAAUUUUAGAUUAAGCUUGUAGUAAAUUAAAAUUUUUAACUUAAUUGUUUAUUACAUUAGCCGUUUUUCUUUUUUUCUUCAUCAUUAGUGACCUCUGGAGGUUUUUGUAUAAGAAAGUGUGCAUUAUCAGUGAUGUACAUGGAUGUCAUGAAAACAUACAUUUUCUUAUAAAUGUGUGAUUUUUUUUUUGCUAGUCUCCCGUUUCCCUGUCUCUUGAGUUUAAAUUACUUGUGCAGUUUAAAAGAUCACCACGACUUCAGUCGGAGCAAAUUACCUAUUUAGAGUGAGACUAAAAAUCAACCUGUCUUCCAUAUUAUGAAUGCCAUUUUUCUCUUUAAUCAUAACACAAAGAUACAGAAGAAACUUAAUAGUGUGAAACAGUUGUGUAGAGAUUUCCAAACAAACUUAAUGGUGUGAAACAGUUGUGUAGAGAUUUCCAAACAAACUUAAUGGUGUGAAACACUUGUGUAGAGAUUUCCGAACAAACGUAAUGGUGUGAAACAGUUGUGUAGAGAUUUCCAAACAAACUUAAUGGUGUGAAACACUUGUGUAGAGAUUUCCGAACAAACGUAAUGGUGUGAAACAGUUGUGUAGAGAUUUCCAAACAAACUUAAUGGUGUGAAACACUUGUGUAGAGAUUUCUGAACAAACGUAAUGGUGUGAAACAGUUGUGUAGAGAUUUGCGAACAAACGUAAAGGUGUGAAACAGUUGUGUAGAGAUUUCCGAACAAACGUAAAGGUGUGAAACAGUUGUGUAGAGAUUUCGGAACAAACUUAAUGGUGUGAAACAGUUGUCUAGAGAUUUCCGAACAAACGUAAUGGUGUGAAACAGUUGAGUAGAGAUUUAAACAAAGGAAAUUUUUCCAUAAAAUACUUGUGUGUAUUUAUGUUUGAACUCCAGUUGAAUUAAUUCAGAUUAUGAUGCAAGUUUUACAGUGUGCAUGGUCAUACAAGAUUAGUUUUCUUUAAAUGAUUGUGUAUUUUCAUGUCGCAAACACUCAAUUAUAUGAACAACGUAACUUUAAAUCUCAAUUAACAUUGCUUUAAGCUUUACUUUUUUUUUCAUGUUAAUUUGGAGCGACUCACAUUAUGUUUUUAGUGGGUUAUAUUUGUUAUUAAAGAAAUUACUAAUGAAAACAAUGAUUGGUGUGUGUCAGAUUGACUUGAAAAGAAAACUUUAAAAUUUAUUUUUAAAACACAAAACCUAGAUUCAUUUUUUUUUCUCAAGUGGUUUUCGUAGAAAAACUAGACAUUUUCAUGUCUUAAUUACGGUUGUUUUUCCAGACAGUAAGGUCUGAUUUCUUGUUUUAGUAGGUUGAUCAUCAACAUCUUUUCUAAUUUAUCAUAAUAAAAGAUCGGUAAAUUACAAUAAUCUGUUUGACACUUGACUCCCUUCUUUUGUAUGAUUUGUUACAAAAAUUGUUAGAUAAUAUUAUUGACGUCAGUCUAUUGAGCUUAACAUGUUUUGUAAUUAGUAGGAUUGUUCUUUUUUAGUCUGAUUUUUGGAAUCCGUGCUUUCAGCUGGUUUCUAAAAUUCUGUAAUUGGUUGAAUCAUCUUGUUUCACAAGGUCUUUAGCUGGACAGUUUAUUUUUAUUAGUGUAAUAACAAGUUGUAUAAUUGACUGGAUUGUUACACACAUCAUGCUUUUAACUGGCUUCAUUUACUUUGAAUUUUCGAGACAUUAAUUUAUUUCUAGUGAUCUUAGAAAGCUUUCUGUCAGGUAGGAAUAUAAUGUGUCUCAACUUGCAGUUUAUAUUGGAAGUGUAUAGUUGAACUAAAGAAAUAUAUUUAAAAUGACUUUAGUUGAAUUUUUAGUUUACUUUAAGCAGAUAAGUUAUUACAGUUUGAUAGAGGUACAGAUUUAUUGUGACAAACAAAUGCUUGUGAAAAUAUUUUUGCACGGGUUUUGUUUUCCAAGUUUUAAGUUAAAUAAUUGAAUUUUUAUAAAUAUGGUAUCAUUAUUUUCUGUCUUUACUUGCACAAAGACUCAAUUUUUUUUAUCUGAAGUGCUAUUUAAAAGGAUUUGUAGACUUAGAAAAUUUCGUGUUAUAUCGUUACUUGUGUGAUCCUAAAGAAAGGUGUUGCUUAUCGAUGUUCCUGCAUGAGUUUCGUCAUGUUAAGUGAUUGUAUGUGAGCUACCCUUGCACUCAGUGUUUGUAAAUAGUCGGCCUCGGUAGGAUUUUCUUAGAUGAACUUAAAGUGUACUGAAUUAAAGCAAUUUACAGAAAACAUUUCUACAAAUUUUAUUUUAUCCCAAAAUGAGGUAUUGUUCAUUGUGAAACAUAGAAUUCCUUGUGAACCGGCUGUGGUUCAUUUUGCAGCUGAUAUGACUCUUCAGCUUUAAGAGUGUGUGUGUGUGUUGCAUUCUUAAUGGAAAAGUAUUUUUACUUUUUACUGCAUUUUUUUUGUCAUUCUGUGGAACAUACAGCAUCAAAGCUAUGAUCCGACCCUUUUAUUUUUAAUUAUAUAAAUGUUUGUGGCAGAAAUAUGUAAAAAAAAAGGGGGGGGAACCAUACUAUUCCUUGAGUUUGUCAUGAUUUACUUCGACCAAAUUUGAGACAAUUUGUAAACUUUUCAUCUUCGAGUGAUUCACAUUAACAUUAGAGCUGAAUCAACUGUAAAGUGAAUCUAGUGAGUUCAUCGAUCAGGAAAAUUUGUAAUUGACCCCAAAAUAUUAACUUGAGGCUUAUGUUCGAACAACAGUAGCUUUUUACACACAACUUAUUGUUAAAGUAUAGUACUUUGUCCAGUUUUCUUUGUGAAUCUACUGUUAAAUUCCAGUAGUGGAGUCCAGAAGCUAGUCAUUGACUUUUAGCCUUGCUGGUGUCUUAGGAGUUUAAUAAUAAAGAAAAGACUGUUUGAUUCUGUCUCUGUACCAAAUAUAUUACUUGGCAGCUUUCUGAGGAAGUAUUGUGUUCACCAGGACAGUAGCUCUUAACUACUGAAUUUUUUUUUUUAACGGUUUUAAAAGAUUCAAUUUUCAUGACAUUUAUUGUGCAAACAUAUGUUAGCAGUGGGUUAAAAGUGAUGUUUGCUUCUUACUUUGGAACUGGCAAGCCAGGUUUCGAAUCCACGCAAUUCUAAAAAGUAUUCUCUGCUUUAGAUGCAUCGUAAAAAAAAACAACUACUUUUUUAACAUAGGCGGUAGGGUACUGCUGACUGGCUCUUGUCAGAAGGCAGCAGGUAGCCUUAGCAUAUUUGUCAUUAAUACUAAAUGUCUUCUAAUUUCAGUGCAAAAUAAGUCUCAUAACUUUCACUUCAAAGCAUCUUAAAGAAACCAAGUUAGGGAACAACAUUAGGCCUAUAUACUUCUAAUGAUCCAUAAUCUUUUUGAAAAGAUUUUGCCAAUCCAUUGGAGUGAAGAAAGGCUUGUAAAUCUUGUAACCUUUCUUAAUCAUUCAGUGAGCUUCAUCAAUCGCAUGAAGUUACGUACGCAUAAUGAUAAAUAAAAUAUGUGUAUAAACAGUUCUGAAUCCAUAUUAUUAAAACUGUAAGUCCUUUCAAACUUGUUUUUACAACCCUAUGUACAAGUACCUGAAUUCUUUAAGCUUCCUGUUUGUAGGUUGUACAUUCUUAGUGGUCCAUAAACUUUUCAAAAAAUUUUGCUGGCUCAUGGAGUGAAUAAGUUCACUGUACUAGGAAGCCAUGAGUAUUCACCUGGAUUAACUUGAUUGUUGUACACUCGUUGGUUAAGUUAAUCUUCCAAGAGCACUGAACCAGUUAAUCAUAUCACUGUGAAAAAAACAGAAUUUAGUGACAUUAAAUUCUUGUGGUAAUAGACUGGUGUUAAGUAGUUAAUGAAAAUUAUCAUAGUUACAAUUUGUUAGGCCAGCUAAGUCGUUAAAACUAUGAGUUGUUAGAAACUAACUAUUGUUAUAAGUUUGUUAAUCAGUUUUUAUUUGUACCCAAUGAACCAACCAUUUUCUAGUUGGGUUAAUACCAUUAAGUCAGAUGCAUAGCCUUAACUUGGAUAAAAGGGAUUUAUUAUAACACAUCUUAAAUUAUUUUAGUUGUUCUAAAAUUAUAGAACAGGAAAAGAUGUCCUAUUUGCUGCACCUAAUAACUGAGACUGCUUAGAAUUAGGAUAAAACAGUAACUGUAAUGUAGAAUAUUUACAGGUUAAAGAAUAAGGUUAUAUCUUAAGCCACCAGAGGUCCUGGAGUCUUAGAGUUUAAAGAUAUUAAUUAGAAAUUCACUAGCUUGUUAUUUAUUACUGUUGUAGGGCUUGUUUAUAUAUAUGAGGAUUUUGGUAAAAUUAUAUACGUCAGAAACUUCCUUCUAAGUUUCAUAUUAGAAUAUAAGUAUUGUAAUUGCAAAUAUUACUUUUUUUGACAAGUGGUAAGUUGACCACUUGAUGCAGAUCACACUAAUAAUGCACAAUCUCUUACGAGGUUUGUUCGUGUUAAUUGAAAUAGCUUGUAAGUUUGAUUUUUUUAAAUAAACUUUUUUGAAAUCUUUCAAAUAUGUAUGUAUGUAUGCGUAUGUGCUAAUAUUUUCUGAAAUCUUUAAGCUAUGUUUUCUUAAAGCAAUACAUUUUAUUAAUUUUUUCCUAAUAAAUUCAUAUAAAUGCUUUAUCAUUUGUUUUAAAAGAUCUUUUUUUUUUCUAUAAUUGUGGGUUAUUAAAACAUAAAAAUUCAGAUUAUUUGAUAUGCUGAUUAAUAUUAUGUUGACAUUUUGUGUGAUGCAUUUAAUUAUAAUUUCCAAUUUUUUUGUGUGCCUCUCAAAACUUUAUUUUCUUAGGGUAGAAACUUGUGUAUUUACAACGUUCUGUUUACGGUAUGUAUUAGGCUUCUCUAGUGCACAGGAAUUGCAAUAUAAAAAACAACAUGACAAAUAGUACUGAUAUUACUGUUAUUUAUUCACAAAAUAAAUGGAGAAUAAGUAAAAUAUGUAAGGAUACUAGUUUGAUUAUUGUAUUUGAAGACAAAUAAAAUUAUUUGUAGGAAAAUAAG